AUGGGCAGGUGCCUGCGGCGGGCCUCGCUGUGUGCGCUGCGGGCCGCGGGGCAGACCGUGGCCGCGGCGGAGGCCACCAGCGCCGGGCUCGUCGCCGCGUGCCUGCAGGCCGUGCGGGGCGCCAGCGCCUUCUGGCAGGGCGGCGUGGUGAUCUACUCGCCGAGGGCGGCCGCCGCCCUCCUGCCUCGGGAGGUCCUCGUGCGGCUUGGCAGCAGGAGGUCCAACUACAGCAGCCCCGAGAGCUACGUGCGCUCGAAGGAGAGGUGUUCACCUCCACCCUGGCAAAGUUCUACCGGGAAAGGUUCGCCGUGGACUGGGCGCUGGCGGAGAGCGGGGCGUCUGACCCCAGUGGGCUGCCGCCGCAGCUGCGGGAGGCGGGAGCUUUCACGUCCGCCACUGUGGCAGGACCAGGAGGCCUGGAGCUGA